ACUCUUAUAACACACCAACAGUCAUGUGAUGGCAAUAUAGUACUACUACAGUAGGCAGCAAAAUCCGAGAAGCGUCGCCUGGCAUUGCAAUGAGAAGCUUCUUUCAAGGGCAAAUUAAAAGCACCUACCUACAGUUUAUAUUUUUUAAUCGGGGAGGGGGAAAGAUAUACAUUGGAAUAUAGGAAUCUGUGCUUUUAAAAUCUGAAAUAAGAAAGGGGAGGAAGGGGAAGUUAUUCACAGAGUUCACCAUACACCUGAAUUUAAAAAGAAAGACUAAAAUUUUUGUCUUCUGGACCAGGAAUGGUGGAUCACUUGGUAGCGUGUGAGGAUACCUUUUUGUCUUGCACGGGCUCCCCGUCAGCACACCAUCCGGCGGACAUGGUGACUGACGCCGGAAGCUACCAGGUGCUUCCCUCGCCAUUCUCUGAGGAUGACUUGAGCGACUCCUCCAGCCCGCGCUCCUCCUCCAGCCCGCGCUCCUGCUCCAGCCCCGAGUCUCAGGUGCUCAGCUCUAGCUACGGCAGCAGCUCCAGUGCUGAGAGCCAGGACAGCAUCCUUGACUUCCUGCUCUCCCAGGCCACCUUGGAUGGUGCAUCAGCAGCCCCCAUCUGUGAUGUCCUUUGGGGGUCCCGGAAAGACUCAUCAUCGCAGCCUGUGAAAGAGGAGAGCUUUGAGUUCCCCAUCUUUGCGGCUGAGAUGGAGGCCCAGGCUGGGCUUUUCCAGCCCACCCUUGAGGAGAUUGAGGAGUUCCUUGAGGAAAAUAUGGAGGUAGUAGCCUUGAAGCAGGAGGUGGGUGAAGGGACGACCUUGGAGGUGUGCGGACAGAGGUCAGCAGUGUCUGAUGGUGACACUCAACUCACAGACCAAACAGUGCAUAGCACUGGUGUUGUUGUCAUUGCAGGAACCAAGAGCAAAAGUACACAGUCAGUGCCUAGCAUAAGCUCAAGCUCCUCAAAUGGGAUUACAAAGCAGGUGGCUUCAAGCAAACCUCUAGACACUAGUGGACUUCCCGUCAUUCUGCAGAUUCAGCCUGUCCAGAUCAAACAAGAACAGAGUGCUCUUCCAGCCACGCCAGACAUUAAAAUCGCCCAGCUGCUGGUCAACAUUCAUGGCCAAACCUUUGCCUUGGUUCCACAGGUGGUCCCGUCCACUAGCCCCAGCAUGUCCUCAAAGUUUGUCCGCAUCGCUCCAGUCCCAAUUGCUGCCAAGCCUGUUGGCCUUGGGGAGGGUGCUGCUGGGAGCCAGGCACUGGGCCUGUUUGCAGGCAGUCAGAAAUUCCAGAAGAAUCCUGUUGCUGACCUCAUCAAAAUGCACAAAUGCACUUUCCCGGGAUGUACCAAGAUGUACACCAAGAGCAGUCACUUGAAGGCCCACCUGAGGAGGCACACAGGAGAGAAGCCCUUCGCCUGCACCUGGCCUGGCUGCGGAUGGAGGUUCUCACGUUCGGAUGAGUUAUCCCGACACCGUCGCUCCCACUCUGGUGUGAAGCCCUAUCAGUGCCCCGCUUGUGACAAGAAGUUUGCCCGCAGUGACCACCUGUCCAAACACAUCAAAGUCCACCGAUUUCCACGAGGCAGUCGGACAGUGCGAGCCACCAACCGACCCCCAGGACCCCCCAUGGACUGAGCGAGAUAUGAUCGUGUGUAUGUUGGAGUGUGGAUGUAUGUUGAGAUAGCUCAGUUAUGGUACUGUCAUAAUUUAUUGUUUGAGGCAAAAAAAAAAGAAAAAAUCUGAGAAAGCAACAACACAAACUGUUACUUGAUAUUACAUCUGUAUGGAUGUUCAUAAUGUCUUGGAUUUUUGUAUUAAGUCUUUUGCUUCCUAUACAAAAUUUAAAUUAAAAAAGAUCAACAGUAUAUUAUUCAAAAUUUUGUUUUUUUUGUACUUUGAGGUCUGAUUUAUUGAUAUAUCUGCCUUACGAGUUGCAUGAACAGUAACAAAAGCAUCAACAUUCCUUGUAUUAUGUAAUGAUGCCGAUCAAUAGCUGUGGAUUUUCAGUUGUUACCUAAACCCUUAAAAGAACACCAAGACACAUGUGAAAAUUUGAACUACUGAUUAACACCAGGAUCGUGUCAGGAUAAGCUACAAGUAAACUCAGAGAUGUUAAUUUUUAUUAUGAAGCAUCAUUACGAGAAAAGAAAACUGUGAUCCACUCAGCAUUUGUUAAGAAGUAGUCCAACUGACCAACAAUGAACCAAGAUGAAAAGCAAGAUGCACAUUUAUGAUUGUGAGAUUUUGUGUGUGGACUAGCUGCCCUUUUAAUCAGUAUUGAAAUAUUUUUUUUUAUUUUGUCUUUUAAUAAGCCACUGGUUUUAUUAUUUUUUGUGCUUACGAUUAAAGUUAGUGCUUAUUAAGGCCAAUAUACUUUUAAUAUCAAAAUGUCAUAUACAUACUUGGCCUUACCAGAUUAAACAUGCUUAAUGGGGCCAAAUACUUAGUUGAGGUAUUUCUGGUAGCCAGGAUCUUCGAGGGCAAAAAAAAAAAUACCGUCAGUACGAUGGCGCACAAAAAAGUAGUAUUAUUAU